UUGUGAGUCCUGCGCCAGUGAUCGCUAUGGGACUUAGUGGUGUAGUGGUGAGCAUUUUGGCGCUGGCGGUGUGCGCCUCCGCGUCCAUCGGUGACAAUGCCCUCGACGGCGGCGAUCGGGUCGUGUUGGUCGCGCCGGUGUUGGCUCCCCCGAGGGAUUCCAGGACUCAUGUCACGGACCGAUCCAGGCAAUUCCCGAUAUUAGUGCUCCUUGCCCAGGCUAACCCGGAAUAUGUGCGACUCGAACCCGAAGCCAAAUCUCUGAAGGGAAACCCUGAACCAAUUUAUGUUAAGAAACUUGAAGACCAAGAGAAGGAAGGGCCGCUUAAUAGGCAGAAGCGGCACUUGCAUUUGAAAAAGACGUUACUUCUCGGCGGAGGAGGUGGACUUUCAUUUGGUGGUGGAGGUGGCUUCGGAUUUGGUGGGGGUGGCGGUGGUGGUUACGGAGGGGGAUAUUCUGGUGGAUACGACCACGGGGGAUACCAAGAGCCCUCCAAAACCAUCAUCGUUAAAGUCGUGAAAGACAACGAUUACGGAUAUGGAGGUCACGGCGGCCACCAUGGCGGCGGCGGAUACAACAACGGCGGUGGAUACGGGGGCGGAUACGGCGGUGGUGGCGGAUACGGCGGCGGUGGCGGAUACGGCGGCGGCGGCGGCUACGGCGGCGGCAGUGGCGGAGGAUAUGGUGGAGGAGGUGGAUACGGCGGCGGCGGUGGUUACGGCGGCGGUUAUGGUGGCGGCAAUGGCGGUAACUACGGACACGGGGGCGGCGAUUAUGGACAUGGAGGUGGCUACGGUCCUGGACACGGUGGCGGCGGAUGCAGAGGAGGGUGCGGCGGCGGAUACGGAAACGGCGGCGCAUCUGCCACAGCAACAGCGACUGCUACUGCCACCGCUAACUCGUACGGGUAUGGGAAGCGUUAAACUUCGCUGAGUCAGAAGUGUUUCUAUUCUCUAUACUGUAUAUUGCUGUGAUCAAAAUAGCGAGAUAUUAUUCGCUUAACACCAAAUACCAUGUGAUUUCCUCUGCUCAAAAUUUAAAUAGUUGUAAAGCCAAGUUCAAAGAUUAGCCUCUUGUAUUAUUCUUUAAGGAGAUGGAUCGUAUAAUUCGUUUGCUUAAAAUGCCAUGCAUUCUCAUUAAACGAACCUAAUAGUUGGACAUGUAUAGAGCGAUAUAUUUUACAGAAAUAUAUUGUUAUAUCCAGUUAAGUGUAUUAUAAGUAGUUAUAAGUUACAUUAAAGUAAAUAAUUUCUACAUA